AUGGAUCUGCACCAUCGGAAGUCCAGUUCCCAGAAUGAAUCAUACGGGGAGUGCGAGGUUCUCUCUGAGCCAUCCAAGUACAAAGACAUGGUGACCUUCCCCGAUGUGGCUGUGAUCUUCUCCCCAGCGGAGUGGCUGUGCCUGGACGCCUCUCAUCGGAAACUCUACAGAGAUGUGAUGCUGGAGAUCUACCAGCACCUGCGGGACAUAGGACAGUGCAGCGUGAAGCCUGUGCUGAUCUCCUGGUUGGAAGAAAGAGUCCUUGGCAAGCUGCAGAGAGGUGUGCUUGAAGGAAGCAAAUGUCAUCUAUGUCCUGAGAAUGGCAAGUCCUUCACGUACCCUUCGUCCCACACUGAACAAAUGAAAAUUCAUAUAGGAGAGAAUUCUUAUAUGUGUCAGGUGUGUGGAAAGUACUUCACUCAAUCUUCAAAGCUUAUUAGACACAUGAAAAUUCAUACAGGAGAGAAGCCUUAUUCAUGUCAGGAGUGUGGAAAGGCAUUUGCUCUAUUCUCAAAUCUUAACAAACACAUGAAAAUUCAUACAGGAGAGAAGCCUUAUUCAUGUCAGGAGUGUGGAAAAGCAUUUGCUCAAUCCUCAGACCUUAAGACACACAUGAAAGUUCAUACAGGAGAGAAGCCUUAUUCAUGUCAGGAGUGUGGAAAGGCAUUUGCUCAAUCCUCAAGCCUUUCUGAACACAUGAAAAUUCAUACAGGAGAGAAGCCUUAUUCAUGUCAGGAGUGUGGAAAGGCAUUUGCAAAAUCCUCAAAUCUGAACGUACAUAUGAAAAUUCAUACAGGAGAGAAGCCUUAUUCAUGUCAGGAGUGUGGAAAGGCAUUUGGUGAAUCCUCAAGCCUUAACAAACACAUGAAAAUUCAUACAGGAGAGAAGCCUUAUUCAUGUCAGGAGUGUGGAAAGGCUUUUGGUGAAUCCUCAAGCCUUAACAGGCACAUGAGAAUUCAUACAGGAGAGAAGCCUUAUUCAUGUCAGGAGUGUGGAAAGGCAUUUGCUCGAUCCUCAAGCCUUUCUGAUCACAUGAAAAUUCAUACAGGAGAGAAGCCUUAUUCAUGUCAGGAGUGUGGAAAGGCAUUUUCAAAAUCCUCAAACCUUAACACGCACAUGAAAAUUCAUAAAGGAGAGAAGCCUUAUUCAUGUCAGGAGUGUGGAAAGGCAUUUGUUCGAUCCUCAGCCCUUAACAAACACAUGAAAAUUCAUACAGGAGAGAAGCCUUAUUCAUGUCAGGAGUGCGGAAAGGUAUUUGCUCGAUCCUCAAACCUUUCUGAUCACAUGAAAAUUCAUACAGGAGAGAAGCCUUAUUCAUGUCAGGAGUGUGGAAAGGCAUUUGCAAAAUCCUCAAAUCUUAACAUACAUAUUAAAAUUCAUACAGGAGAGAAGCCUUAUUCGUGUCAGGAGUGUGGAAAGGCAUUUGCUCGAUCCUCAGACCUUAACAAACACAUGAAAAUU